GCGAGCAGCGACGCAUAUAUGGAGAAAGGACGCCUCCAGAUGCGCUCGAUGAGCCUGACGGGGACAGCCUUGGUCGUGGCCACAACCUCCUCCAAGAGCGAUCACAUCGUCACGAGUGCAUCCCGGAUACCCGUGCGCCGCCCGCCGACGCCAAGCACCGACGCACCUGCUGCUAUCGAGAGCAGACCCGUGCCGAGCGACGUGCCACUGACGGUGGAGCCCGAAACAACCAACGAAGCGAGGCUGUGGACCACCAUCGAUGGCCUCACCAGCGAGCUCGAGGCAGUCGCGGCCGUGGCGACCGCGCGGGCGGCGGUGCAUGCUGCCCAGAUGCACGCGGCCGAGACGCAGCUUGCCGCGACGACCGCCGCGCUCGACCGGCUUCGCAGCGGCGUGUACGACACGGUCGCCGCAUGCUUCUUGCACGAGCUGCACACGGGCGAGACGGACGCGCUGAGCGAGUGCAUGGCGCAAGCGACGGCGGGCGAUGACGCGGCGCUCGCGUGGAUCCAGGCGUGCUUUGGCCGACGGCUCCUCCACGCGCGCCGGCACUUGGCCCCGGACAAGGUGCCCGACACGGCCGUGCUCUACAUGGAGAGCGCUGUGCGCGUCCUCGCCGGCAUCGUCCCCGAAGACGAAGACACGAUGCCGCUCCCGACGCUCUCGCUCGAGACUCCGUCGAUCGCAAGCAUGGCGUCGCGGCGGUACCAGCCAACGUUUGUGGACCGGUCCGCGCCCUUGCGUCGGUGCCUCCGCACUGUCUUUGAGCGGCUCGGCGCCCACAGCCAGACGCUCAAGGUCGUGCUUGUGCACCCGCCGCUCUGGACCGCGUCCGAGCGUGACCGCGUCUCGCACUUGCUCUGGCACGAGUUUUACGUGCCGGCGCUGCUCUUGACGACGACGGCCGAGGUCAUCUUGCGCGCCGCGGGUCUCUCGAGCGGCGUCGUGGUUGACGUUGGGCCGUACACGACGACGAUCGUGCCGAUCUACAACGACCGCAUCGUGACCCACGCAACGCUGACGCUGCCCGGCGGCCGCGACAUGGUCCUCCACGCCACGUGGGGCGCUCUGCGGGAGCACGGCGCGUUCGGCGCCGUCGCCGACGAAGAAGACCAGUUCGACGCGGCCGAGCAGCUACUGAGAACGCAUGGGUUUGUGGCCUACGACGUCGCUGCCGAGCGCGCCAAGCGACCGACCGACGUCCACAUGACGUGGCGCCACGAGAGUCGUCUCAUCACGUCAUCCGCAGCGCUCUUUGAAGGCCCGGAACAGCUCUUCCACCCGAGUCGCGACGACGGCAAGAGCCUCCAAGAAGCCGUGCUGUCGGCCAUCGACCGCUGCAACCCAGUGGUGCGCGCCGAGCUGGCCGCGGCCAUCGUUCUCAACGGCGCACUCACGACGCUGCCCGGCUUCAAGCGGCGACUGACGCGGGAGCUCAUUCUGCUGCGACACGACCUCCUCGGGCAGCUCCGUCUGCACGACGGCCACGGCUUCGUGGGCGCGUGCACGCUCGCGCGCUUCGCCCACGACGACGUGUGGAUAGUGCGUUGA